GUUUUGCGAAAGAAAUGGCAAUUUGUUUGAAAAAUGUGUUCAUUUGUUGAUUACUAUAGUUAUUAAGUAAUUGUGAUUACGAGGAGUGCGAUGGCCGACGCGAGUGGACACAAAUCAAUGCCGAAGUCAUAUCUCAUGGCUUCGCGACUCUUGAAACAAAUGGACGAAAGGAAGGGAUCUUUGAAUUCAUUGAUUUCUACCAUUAAUAACAACAAAAAUAAUAUUAAACUGAUUUACGCUUUGAUUAUGAAAACCAUACAAAACGUGAAGAUAAUUAAGCAAAUGAUGAAAAGCAUGAGCGAUGCCAACGAUGGUAACGAUCACUCCAUCGAUGAGUUCUUAACGCAGAUUCUGAUUGCGGAUCUAAUGUUUGGCAAAAAACUGGUCGGACUUAAAGACGUGCCACAAGUCAGACAUAUUGUCUCAUUUCACGACAAGUUUACACAUAUCUUAAAAAGGAAGCCGUGGAUCGGACCAUUUAAAGAACUGGCGAUUAAUUUAGACGAAAAUGAUUUUCUAAUCGAUUAUGACUUUCAAAAUGAUUUACUUGUGUUUAACAUAAACGCAACGAAACCUUUACAAGAGUUAAGACUUUUCAAUGAAACCAAAAUUGUAAUGCAAGACAAGGCGAGUUUGAUUGCUGUCGAAUGUCUGCAAUUAAUGCCCGAAAUGACAAUUCUGGACAUCUGUUGUGCGCCCGGAAUGAAGACAACAGCAAUCGCUUCCAGAAUACAAAACAACGGAACUAUUGUUUCUUAUGAUAAAAGCGAAGAAAGAAUCCAUGAAAUGGAGACAAUCAUUGAGACAAAUGGCGUCACUUGUUGUCAAAUUAAUUGCAAGGAUUUUACUUCAGUGACGGCCGAAGAAUUAUCAUCAAUCGGAACAAUUGACGCCAUUUUGUUAGACCCGAGCUGUUCCGGUUCGGGAAUGAAUGGGAGAGUGGACUAUAGGAAAGGCGGCGAGAAUAAGGGCCGACUCUAUAAGUUGGCCUCAUUUCAGACGCGAAUGUUGUGUCACGCGAUGUCUUUAGGAGCGAAACGAAUCGUUUACUCGACGUGUUCUCUCUCUUUGAUUGAAAACGAAAAUGUAGUCAAAUCUGCGUUCAGGGAAACGGAGGCCGCCAUUAACUACACGGUUGUCGACGCUCUGCCCGAAUGGCCGGUUCGAGGGGUCGGCGACUAUGACUUCGCCUCCAAAUGCAUCCGAUCCGACAUAAACACAACACUCACUAACGGCUUCUUUGUCUGUGUUUUAGAGAGAAAUACUAAACUAGUAUAACAUUUAUACGUAAUUAUAGUUAUGUUAUUACAAUUAUUUUUAUCAAAUAAAAUUAUGACCGAUUCUAUCAAUACUUUUGCAAUAAUUAUUACCAAUCAAAUAAUGGAAUUAAAAAUAAUAAAACAUUUUAUUAAAAACGAGUUAAAAUA